UACCAAUGAAACCAGCUGCCAAAUAUGUCCAUUUUACUCCCUGUCUGAACCAGCUUGGACGUAUUCAUAAAUCCUUUGAAAGAAGUUGGGGGGAACUGAUGGCAAAUUAAGAGGCAGUUACUUUUUGACUAUCGUUUGUUCUGUUUGGGAGUAUGAGUAGUGCUGAUGUCGUUACCGAAGAUUCAGCAAUGGCAACAGCUACUACGGAAGAGAGAGAUCGUCUUCCAGACAUCAGCAGUUCCUUCAGGAAUUUAGCAUUUUGUUGUGUCGGCUGCUUUCAAAGAAGAACAAAGUCAAAUUCUGUGAAAAAGGUGACAAAAAAGAAAAGAAAACAGAAGAUACCCCUGGCUGAUAAGGCUAGCAAGCAGGAGUGUCUUGAGAAUGGACAAGACUACCAUGAGCCUUUGCAUGAACGUGACCAUGGGGAUGCUUUGCUUUUACAUUUUAAGCCAUACAUCAAGGAAGUCAAAGGCAAUUUAAGUGCUGUGCCUGUAGACAAUUGCCACAAUGAAGAGAAGCAGGAGGAAAAGCACCUACAUGCAGUUUUCCUAAAUAUGCAGUAUAAGAAAAAGAAAAUAAAGAAGAAACAGGAUCACUUCAACAUGUUGUGCUCAAGCACAAGUCUUAUGAGCCCCAGGUCUGAGAGUGGACCUUACAAAGAAGAACAAAACUACCACCAUGCAAGAAACUGGGAGCAACUACCUACAAGACCUGUGCACCAUGGCACAUCGUCCCUAGGAGUAACCUUUGAAGAAGAUCAGCAAGAAAAUGUGAUUUUUGACAGUGCUCCUUACAAGGAGGAAAAGGACUACAAAAGUAUACCAAAAAAGGAGGAGCAAGAACCUAAGCAACACAUGAGGACUUCAUCCUUGGAAGUAACCUAUGAAAAGAAACAAAGCCAAAUGAGCUCUGAGUCUGAGGCUGCAUCGUACAAAGAGGACAACUAUGGAAGUGUACUGUACGAGAAGGAGCCACAGCCUAUGGGGCCAGAAUCUCGGAGUAUGUCAUCCCUGGCUAGAAACCUAGAGGAUGAAGAGCCGGUAAGGAAGGAAAAUACUAGCAGCCUAAGAGUAGUCCUCCCACAUUAUGAAGAAUGUAAGAAGAUGGGACAGCAUCACCAAGCCAACUUGAUCCCAGUCGUUCCCUGUGAUGACAAGAAGCAGCAGCAGGAUGCACAGAAUCAGCAGAAUAUUAUGCCCCAGAAUGACAGGGACAGGGAACUGCAGGAUGGACACAAGCCACAGAAGUUCAUCUCCUCGGGUGUUCCCCAUGCAGAGGAAGAACAGCAGAAGGGACAAGAUCUCCUAAACACCACAGUCCCAUGUGUGUCCCAAGACAAGGGGCAACAACAAGAAAGUCAAAAUCUCCUACCUAUGCUGCAUGACAAAGAGGAGGAGAUGAAACAAUCGGAAGUACAGGAACCCCUGAGCUCCGUAUCUCUGUUUGUGCCCUAUGAGGAAGGUGAGCAGGUCGAGGAAGGGGAGAAUCUCUUCACCUUCUUGUGCGAGUCUUAAGAGGAAACCAAGCAAAAGUGACAUAACCACCUUGGACAGACCUGGCCUGCGGGGAGCAGAAGACUCAGGAGGGACAUUCAUUUCUGUAUGAGAAGGUGGAAGAAACACAAAUUAACUGAAAACCUUUUAAUUGAAAAGCACAAUUUAGAGAGGGGAGAGAGUAAAACAAACUGCAACCAAUAGUUAAAUGUCAAUUGAUUCCACAGUUUAAUCCCUACAGCAGUAUGGUAAAGUAUUAAAGGACCUGUACUGCAGGCCUUCGGCACAGACGUAUUUCUGUAUUAGAUAAUUAAAAGACCAGCAUCUUCAAAAGAGAGUUCCCUGAAGACACACACACAAAAUAGUGACCUGAUUUUCUAUUCUGAACAGCUGUAGAUCCCAUUAAUGUCAGUGGAAGCUGCAAGUGCUCAACAAUUUUAAACCUCGAGUUAGGUAUCUUACUCCACAUUAAUGGCCCUAAAUAAGUGCCCUUGGUCUGAUUAGAGCAAGCACUAAGGACAAUCAAAAUUAUACACGAGGCUAUUACACAGCCAGCAGAAGAGCUAGAACAUACAACAAUGAUGAAAUCUGAAACGGGGACUAAGGGCAUGGCCCUGCACAAGUGAAA